GCGGGAGACAUAAGCAGAAGAUCUAACUACCCAAGACAUGUUAAAAAAUUGUUUGAUACUUUGAAUAUUAAUGGAAAAUGAGGGUACAUGAUCAACGGCUGAGAUUUGAUGUCACACCCAAGCCAAUGGGUUUAACCGGAAGUUCAUUUAUCACGGCCAGAUCCAUCGCAGUUCUUCUAUUUGUCUCUCUGUCUCUUCUGAUUCUACCACCGUUCCUUCCGCCGCUUCCACCGCCUCCGGCGACGUUCCUCCUUCUCCCUCUCAUCCUCAUGAUUCUCCUCAUCUUUUUGGCCUUUUCUCCAUCUAAUGAGCCUAGCCUCGCCGUAGAAUCUCUCUACCCCUGAUGUCGCCGACUUGCAUACCGUCCGUACAUAAAUAUGCGUUACACUAAUAUGUAAGGAGCAGAUUAAUUAAGGGCUUUUAGUUUGUGCACGCAAGAUCAUCUCAUGUGAUAGAUAGUUCUUCGGAUGACAUAAAAAGAGAUAAGAUCUUCGAGUUUCUUUUAAAUGUUUCUUGUAAUUCUAGCUUUUAAUUACUUUUCGUUUAUUUUCAUUUUUCUUGUUCUUUCUUGUUUUGUAGAGGAAUCUUGUUUAUCUGCGCCAAAAAUGAAUUGUAGAAGAAUAUUUUUGAAAUUUAUAUAGAAGGCUUCUUGUUAUAUACGUAUGUGCAUGUAUAUGUUUUUUUUUAGCUAUUUCCUUCUUUUUCUUUACUCAACGUUCAUUCCCAUUUUUGUUAUCACAACACUUUCUUGAGAAAUUAAUUAUUUGAAAUUUGUAAGUUGCCAAGUGCUGUAUGCAAGUCGGUGUUCGGGUUAGCUUUAGCUCGGAUUCAAAGUCAUACAAACGUAUCAAGAUAUUUAUUAUAAUUAUAUAAGCUAAUUAAACCAAAAUGGUCAAGCCAUGGUCGUUAAACUAUAAGCAUUUGAACUACUCCUAUAAAGAACCAAAAGAUGCCAACGAGAGGAGUUGAAUAGUUGAAUGCUAGAUUUAAUAUUAGGAUCUGAAAUAUCAGAUUAUAUCGGUUAAAUGUAAGUUUUUAAUUAUAUUUUAUUCCUAUUUCUUUUGCACCUCCAUACAAGGGGACAUUUUGAAAUUACAAGGUUACAGAUGAUGAUGAUAACAUGAUGGAUAUUUUGAAAUUACCAGGUUUUUUUUUGUAACACGUACUUGAAAUUACCAGGUUAAAAUGUAAGUUACGGCGUGAUUCAUUGCAACACAACGGCUUGGUUUCAAAAACAUUGUUCAUGAAAAUUUAUUUAUUUCUAUUUAUCUGUUCAUGAACCAAUAUACUUGUUUAUUAUAAAUACAUUUUUCAUAUACCUGUUUGCUUAUCUACAAACAUAGUCUGCGAAAAAUAAAGUUAUUUAUUUUGUAAAGGUUUUUGGUGUGGACCUCACUUGUUAAUUAGUACAUUGGAAAAAUGGGAAUCGUCCUUUCAUGUCCGGAAGACAGACUGUGCCAUCUGUUCAUUAGUCCAUGGUACACCAUUACUUCUCUUAACAUGGUCAAAAGUGAUUUCGGGUUUUAUUGCUAUCUUUCUUUAAGUUUACGUUUAUGUUUUUACAUCUUUCUCUUUGAAAAUGCAUAUGAUUGUUCUCUUUUUGAUAGAAUAACGCUCAUUCUUUUUUUCUACAAUAUCUAGUAGAUGAGUGCUACAAAUCUGUAUGAAACAUUUUAGAAAGCUAAACUGUAAUGUUUAUAAAGAUCAAGAAUACAUUACACACAUACCCAAAAAUCUGUUUAGAAUUGUCUUUGAUACUGGCUAGCUAGGUGGUUAUCUAAAGACUCGUCCAAAUUAACGACGUAUUUAAUGCAAAACAAUGGGUGAAUGUUUUUUUUUUUUUUUUUUUUUUGCUAACCGAGUAUCCUGGCUCCACCGAGGUGGUCCAGACUAGAGACCGAAGUGAGCAAGGACGCUGCCAGGCGUCACCAUGUGGCUCACCGUGUAACGGUCUUCGGUCUCGGAUGCUGCAGCCCAUAUGUAAAUUCCGCAGUGGCCAAGGCUCGAACCCAGGGGCAGGCACUCCAGCUGGAGUUCCUAUACCACUAGACCAAAGCAACUUGGUUAUAUUGACUUGUUGGCACGGCGGCUGCGAGUAAAAGAGAGUCAUAAACUCAUGAUUGUCUAAAUUAAUACUACUGUAUAUGAAUUAUUAGUAUUAAUUAUUAAAAUAGGUUGGGGACGAGCACUAUCGUCGGUCUAAUGAUAUAAGUUGUAUAACACAAAGAAUUAUGCUAAUUUCGAAUUUUCGAUAUGUACACAAAAGUAAAUAGCAUUAUGUUAAAUUUCAAUAGAAGAAUAGAUUAACUUCAUAACAAUCAUGCAUGCAUCUAUUCACAUACUACGUUUAAACUUUUCCAACAAGUGGGUUACAAAGAAACAGUUUAAAGUUAAUUGCAAAGUGUUUGUUGGUUCUGUUAAAUUCAAAGACUUUAUUUUAUUGAAAUUAACAAUUUUUUUUGACAAAGUUAACGAAUAUAAACAUUGAUAAAUUAAUCAUAUAUAUAUAUAUAUAUGCUCACUGAACAAACAUGCGAAGUACGGUAUGAUUAUAUGAUAGCUGACAUACUUUAUCGAGGGAAAUACUGUGGAUGAGAGUUGAGCCAAUGUACAAAACAAAAAGAGAUUUGACGGAAUUCAAGAGAGAAAAAGAACAAAAUUAAUAUAUGAAUUAUAAAUUAUUAAAGAUUAAAUGGUCCUCGCCUUAUCGAGUCUCUAUCUUUCGCCAGAACAAAAAGCAUAUGAGAAUGAAGUUAAUUUGUCCACAAAAAUCAGAUCCACUGCAUCUAUACAUACAAAAGAAAAGGAAUGCAUACGUCUUGAAAUUCUGUUCUUUUUGUCUCGUUAAAAAAGGUGUUUGAUGAUAAAAUCGUAACCAAGGGGAAAAAAGUUCGGACAUAUUGUGAAACGACGUUAAGUAAUGAUUACGUGAUUCAUCAUAUAAUCCCUAGACACCGAAUGUGCUUGUUUUGAUAACAAACUCCAAUGUUCCAAGAGGAAGUUACAUGUUUAUAACACUUGACUAUGGGUUCCGAAGUUCGACAAAUAAUUAAUGAAUUUAUUUUUGAAAAUAAUUUGAACAUAUAUUACUAAAAAUACAUAUAUAAUCCAUCAACAGAAAAUAUAGUGGUAUUUGGAACAAAAAAAUGUUGGUGACAAAGGAAAAAGGAUGAACUUAUGAGAAAACGGUAGAAUAUUAAUAAUUGUUAUGUUAAAAGUGUUAUCGUAACAAUAAUAUAACAACAUAAUAGUUUAACAACAUCUUCAUAAUAAACUAACAUCAUUUGAUGAAACUCCAGAAUUCUAAUAAGUUAAGCUGUUCCAACCAAUGGCCUCUCCAUCUCUUGAACUUUAAGAUAAAACAUAAUUCCAUCGACGCCACUACGGUACCACCCCAUCACUACGUACCUUCUAGUCUCCAUCGAUAAUACUUCAUCCGUUGGAUUUGAGUACGAUCAUAUUUAGACUUUUUUUUCUUCUAAUAAAUCCUAUUAAAUAUAUACAAAUCACGAACAUUGAAGCAUGAAUCUUUUGGAUUACACAAAUUCAAACGGUCGUGAUAGAAAUGAGAAGAUUUAUAUUAAUGGAAGUAUUAAAAAAAAGAGAAGAUUUAUCAUCUCCGCAUCAUAAAAAAUUUGGCAAAAAAAUCCUUACUAAAUUUGUUUUACAAGUUCAAAUAGUGUCUUUUUACUCACUUCACACGUAUGUAAAAAUAAAAUAAACAUACAGUUAUACUUCUAUGAAAUAUUCCCUCGUUAUUAAAAACAUUAUUGUUUUAGAUUUUAUUUUUGUAUUUAAAAAAUUGAUGUUUUAGACUUAAAUUAAUACACAUUGUUUUAAAAGUAAAACAUAAAUUUAAGUUCAAGAUAUGAAUUGUAUAAUUUUAUUUUAAAUCAAUUAAAACUUAAAUAAGAAAAAAUAAUAUAUAAAAUAUGUAUUAAUUUUAUCAACAUAUGCUUAAAUUAUAACAAUCAAUAUUUUAAUAUAAUCUGAAUUAAUUUAUAAAAACUAUUAUUCAAUGUUGAAUUGUUAUAUUUUAAAACAACAAUCUUUAGAUAUAUUUCAUGUGAUCAUGACUCUUCAAGUUAAUGCACUUCUUACUAUAAUUCAAUUUAAUAAAAGGUAUAAUAAGAAGCGCAUCACCUUGAAGAAUCACAUGAAAAAUAUUAACUUUUGAACGUUAGUAUUUGUGAAGCGGAUUAAUUGAUAGAUACUUACGAAGAUAUUAGUCUUAUGAAGCGGAUUAAUUGAUAGAUACUUACGGAAAUUAUUAACUUAUACAACAUCGAAUGUAGAAAAUAUAUUAGUAGCUUUAAAAUUUGAUAUGCAUAUACAACAAAAAUUUGGAAACACAUAGUAAAGUUGUCUAAUAUAAAUAGCAUAUAUUAACCGGCGUGCAUGCUACAAGCCUACAACAGAAAUAUCAUAUACAGUAUUUAAAUUAGCUGUUAAUAAACAUGAAAACGGACAAUCGCAAUAAAUUAGGUUAAAUGUAUAUGGAAUGAGAAGAAAUAAAUACACUUAGCACGACUUGAUUUAGAUUCAGAGUAUCGAACACACUCUUUCCUCUAAUUCACCAACCCUCCUUGCGGUUUCAGUCAUCUAAAAGCACAUAAAUGGCAACUAAUUAAAGCCGCCACGCUAACACCUAGCUAGUAGCUACCCAUGGCAAACGUCUGUCCUUUUUUAAGUUUGUUUCUUAUGAUUUGGUAGUAGAAUCUUUUAUUUCAGUUUCUCUUUUUUAUAUAUACUUAAAAUUGAUUUUUUCCGUUUAUUAAAGAUACUGUUAAACAAACUAGAGAUGUAUGUUCGGGUACCCAUUUGAGUUUAGUAUGGUUUUAUCGUAGUUUCGAGUUUUCGAGGUUUAAAAUUGCAACCCCAUUCGGAUAUCUAUAAAUUUUGGUUCAGAUUCGGUUCAGAUUUUGGCGGGGUUGGUUCGGGUUUGAAUAACCCGUUUAAAUUAAUUUAAAUUUUAAAAUUCCUAAAUAUCUUUAAUUUCUCAAAAUCUAAAACUUAAAAUAAGAUAUAACAUAUAAAUGUGAGCAACAUAUGCCAAAAUACCUAAAUUAAACAUAAAAAUUGGUUUGACUUGAAUUUUUAGAUGGAGAAUCAAUAUAUAUCUUAAAUAUUUGUGAUAUUUUGAAUAUUGUUUAACUAUUUAGAUAUUUACUUUUGACCAUUUGUAUAUAUUUGUAAAUAUUGUGGACAACUUCAAAAUAUUUUAUACAUUUUGGAUAUUUUUGUAAUGUCAACUCUAAAAUUAGCUAACAUAUUCAACUAUAUAAAUCUGAUUCGGAUUUAUUCGGAUGCCCAAAAUAUUUUGGUUCGGAUUGGGUCUGGUUCUCUAAAUAUCAAAAUUUUGAACCCGUUCGGAUAUUUAAUCAAUUUCGGUUUGAGUUCGGUAUUAUUUUUUCGGGUCGGAUUCAGUUUGGUUCUUUAGGUUCAGAUUUUUUGUCCAACCCUAAAACAAACCUAGUAAUUUAAUGGUAAUUUGAUGAUUACUGGGUCUCAAAACGCUAAUAAGUGUGCUUUUAAAAUAAAAUCUAAUUAACUGAAAUUUAAAUAAAUAUAUAAAUGAAAAAAUAAAAGGGUGUUUAUUGUCAUUGGGUGAAUACUGAAUUGGAAAAUGUAUCUCCUCAGUGCAUGAGCUUCACCUGUAAGUUGUAACGUCUUUCUCUCCCACACACACAUAAAAAGCAAAACGGACAAAAACAUCUAAGUGGAAAAAAAAUCUACAUGACAUAUAUAUAUAUAUAUAUAUAUACAAACAUAUGUGGAGUAACGUUGAAAGCCAAAAUUUUGUAGGAAGUAAAGAAGCUUCACAUAAUUUUUAGGUUAUUGGAAUGUUUAUGGUCGGAGUGGUGAUAGUACUUUUGACGGUGCUUCCAGCCGUUCUUCCGCCGCUUCCACCUCCGCCGAUGAUUUUGAUGGGAAUUCCGGUGGUGCUGAUGGUAAUGCUUAUUCACUUAGCCAUCUACCAUCCUCCUCUUUCUUCCUUCGACACUACGUAUCUAGACAUGUAAUGUAUGAUAGUUAGACGAUGUGUCGAUUGAUCCAGAUUACACAUGCACUGAUGCACACAUGGAAAAUGCGUCGUCGACGUCAUUUAAUGGGUUUUGGUUUCUUCUUUAUGAAAAUUGUAUGCAGUUUCAUUUAACUCUUAUUUAGAACCCUUCUUUUAUUUUUCUUGUGUUUUUUUUCUACAUUUGGGGUUUCAAAUUAGAUCUUCUGGUCCGGGUCAUUGUAAGUUUUAACUUAACCA